CCCUCAUCAUUUCCUGCCUUCAAGUUCUUAAUUUAUUAGCAACUGCUGAAGAAGUCUUUAUACAAAGACUUGCAAUAGGUUUUCCUACAUUGCUUGCAGUUUUACGAUAUGUAACUGAGAUACCUCUUCAUCCAGUUCAAAAUCAUGCUCUAAAACUUGUUUGGACUUGUAUCACAAAUUGCCCAGGAAUCAUGUCAAUUUCUCAAGUAGAGGAAAUAGCCAUGAUUUUGACAGGAAUUUUCAGAAGACCUGACAUGGGAGAGCUGGCCAUGGUUUCUGAAACCUUUACCUUGGCCUGCUCAACAUUUGUGGAGAUCCUAAGAUCACCAUCUGCCUGCAAUAUACAGCAAUUGGCUUUAUUGUUUCAAGAGGCAUCUAGAAAUGCAGUAAUUGCAUCUCUUUCAUCUCAUGAAGAUCCAGAUAAACUUCUGUACUCCCUCUACCUUCUAAAAGAAGUAUACACAUGUGGUGUUGAGGGAUAUUCCCAUGCAAGUUGUGCCAGAAAGGAGUUGGAGGAAAAUAUUAUUGAAACUUGUUUAACAUAUUUGUUACCUUGGCUUGGAAGAGUCAUCGAUGGAGGGCAAGAUGAGGAAAUUGUACUGGGUAUUAUCGAAACUUUUCAUAUAGUUUUACUUGUGGGUUCGGAUAUUCAAGCACGACACUUUGCUGAGUCUCUGGUUUCAUCGUCUUGGUUCAGUUUGUCAUUUGGAUGCUUGGGAUUGUUUCCAACUGACCAGAUGAAAACAAGAAUAUACCUGAUGCUAAGUUCAGUUAUCGACAGACUUUUAGGCUCUGACUUUGGAGAAUCCAUCAGAGAUUGCUACCCCAAUCUUCCAUCUGAUCCUCUAGAGCUGAUAUAUUUACUGGGUCAAAGCUACUUAGAUGAUCCACUUAUGGCUUCCUGUCAAUGUGCUGUUCUUAUGAUGCUAUAUGUUAACUCAUUGUAUGGUGAAAGGUUUACUGAUGGGAACCAAGUAUUGGCUUCUUUAGAGCAAUAUAUCCUUGUCAAUGUCAGCAGCAACUCAUCAUGUGAAAUUGCUAAUUCCAUGAUGCUUUCUCAAUUGGUGCAUCUUUACGCUCUUGUUAGAAGUGAUCCCUUUAGCUGUCAAUCACUGUGCAGCACGGAAGCUGAAAAAUCUGUGUUCUGUUUAAUAGCUGAAAUGGAGUUGGAUUUGUUCUCUAUAGGUCUUCAUCCAAGAGCAGUAAAGUGGUUUUUCCAACAGGAAGAAAUCAUGAAACCCCUUUCUUACUUGGUACUGAACUUCUGUAGAUCAUACAGCACAAACAAGGCUCAAAUUUGUACACAAUCAAACUGUAUCAAACUGCUAGAUAUCCAGAUGAUAGCAGACCUCAUAGUUUCUGGAGAUAACUUUGUCACAGAAUUGCUGGUUUCAUUACUGAAAGAGUUAGAAGAAGGCAGAGAAGAUGAUAUCUCACAUUUGGUUAAUGCCAUGACGGACAUCCUGAAUAUUUUUCCUGGAGCAUCUGAUGAGUUCAGCUUACAUGGCAUUGCUGAAGCACUUAAUAGGGUCUUUUACUUGACACAUGAUGCACUGAUCAUCAAGACCUGCUCCCUUUUCAUUUUCAAUGUUCUUUCUUUGGCAAAUCAUGAAACUCUUUCUCAAGAUAAAAAUUGGCUUGGAAUCCUACUGAAGCUGCUUGAGCAUUUAAGACCUAAAUUAGUUCACUACUCAUUUGGCCAAGAAGAACACUUGAUACUUGCUAUUUUUAGCCUCAUCCUUCACUAUUCCACCAGACAAGUACUUCAAGAAGCAUCAAAGGCUAUUCUACUGGAUAAGUCUUUAGCUUCUGCUGUAGAGAAAGUUGUACAGACAGCAUGCGAAAAGGGUCCAGCAUUAAAUGCUUAUGAUGAAGAGACACCUAUAGGAGAGACAUUAAUUUUUCUCCUUUUACUAUAUGUGUUCUCUUUAAGAAGGAAACUAUGGAUUGGCAAGAUUUCUUUCAAUUAG